UCACUUCCUCACAGGCGCGUUUUCAUGCGCAUGCGUACGGCGGACCGGGCAGCUCAGCGGAUUGGGUAGUGACAGCGUUGGCCCACGUUGGAGCCAUUUUGCUUUCGAUCUAUGAUUUUCAAUCUAACCAGUGCAGCAAAACCUGUUUCUAAAAGCAGAGCAUUACGCCGUGAAAACAGAUGUGGGAUCAGGGAGGACAGCCGUGGCCGCAGUGGCCUCUGAGCCAGCAGCAAUGGAUGCAGUCCUUUCAGCACCAACAAGAUCCAAGUCAGGUCGAUUGGGCAGCCCUGGCCCAAGCAUGGAUAGCCCAGAAAGAUUCGACAGGAACCGAAGUGCAGAACAUGAUCCAACCCAAUGGACAGGAGGUCCCCGGCAUAGACCCCGUCCCACAGGGCAACCAUGGACCACCAUUCCCGAGCAACCAGUCAUUUGGCAGAAUGUGGCAACCUGUUUCCAGAAUCCCAGUGAGGCCGACCCCUCCGCUUCUGUCUUGCCCUUCAUUCCCAGAAUGGGGAAUGCAGGGCCAGCCCCCUCCACCCCCUCCGCCCCCUGACCAAGUGUGGAUCCCCCCCGGCUCGGGGCCGAUGGAGGUGGUGAACCCCAGUGAGGACAGCAACAGCCAGGACAGCCUGGAGUUCAGCUCUGAAGCCCGCCACGGGGUUUACCCCCAGAACAGCCAUGGGUAUGGGGCUCAGCCCGACAGCUACGCCAUGGCCCCCAUGGCCAUGAACCAGUUUGAUUAUCAGCAUGGGGCUGCACCUUCCUUCGGCCCCACGCCUCCAGGCUUCCAUGCUCCCUACUGGCAGGGUCCUCCCCAGAACAGGCGAGACAACAGACCCCCUGGCUUCAGAGAGAGGCCAAGGUCCCCCAUCCAGCUUGCCGUCAAGCAAGAGACCGCAGCAGCAUUGGCAGAGGCAGUGAAAAGGCGCACGCUGCCGGCGUGGAUCCGUGAGGGCCUGGAGAAGAUGGACCGGGAGAAGCAGAGGAAGAUGGAACGGGAGCGGAUGGAGCAGGAGCGCGCUACACUGGUCAAGGAGGAAGAGCCGGAGCAGUCCGGCGAUGGGCCUCGUGUACCACGCAAGAGCAAAUUUGACAGCGACGACGAGGGCAAUGGCGAGGAACCAGAGGAAGAAGAGGAGGUGAAGUCCUCCAUGAAGAAGGAGUUUGCCAGCCGAAGCCCAUCCCCUCCUCAGGAGGACAGUGAACCGGAGAUGACGGAGGAGGAGAGAGACUUCCAGCUGAUGGUCAUCACCAAGACCCUACUGACGGAGAUCCUACUGGAGGUCACGAAUGAAGAGGUCCAGCAGGUGGCGAGGGAGACUCAUCGCAAAGCCACUAAAGCUCCUGCAAAACAGCUGGCACAGUCAAGUGCAUUGGCUUCUCUGACUGGUCUGAGCGGCCUCGGCGACUAUGGCUCGGACGAGAGCGAGGACGAGCGCAGCGAGCGGGCCUCGGAGUCCUCCGACACGGACGAGGAGGAGCUGCGGCACCGCAUCCGCGAGAAGCAGGACGCCUUCCACCGCAAGGAGCGGGAGGUCCAGCAGCAGCUCCAGGACAGGCAGGCGCUGGAGACGUCGCUCGCACGCGAUGAGGCGGCAAAGGAGAGACUGAGCAGAGAAAGAGGGGAAUAUGGCGAGGGUCAGUCAGAGGUUUUACACAAGCAGGAGGCGAGGGAGGCAGAGUCUUCCGGGGAGAGGCGUAGGUCUCGUAGCGAGAGGGAGGGCAGCGAGGCCCGGCCGCAGGGCCACAGUGGGAAGGAGCGCUCUGGCCGGGGUGGUGGGGGCAAGUCCCCCGCCAACGGCCGCAGCAGCAGCUCCCAGAGCAGCUCCAGCCGCACCAGCAGUCGCUCUUCAUCCUCCUCCUCCUCGUCCUCCUCCUCGCCGUCCUCGCGCACCUCCUCCAGGUCAUCGUCGCCGCGCAGGAAGAGGAGGCGCAGUCGCUCCUCUUCCCGUCGGGCGCACCGGCCCAGCCGCAGCCGCAGCCCGCCCCGGCGCCACGAGGAGCGGGUCGACAAGGCCAGGGAGCGGCGGAGGAGCAGCGCGGAGCGGUCCGGCCGCCGCGCCAAGAGCGAGCUCAGCGCCUCCCGGGAGCGCAGGGGUCGCCGGAGCCGUUCCCGGGAUCGCGAGAGGGAGAAGGAGAAGUCCAGGGCCAGGGAGAGCCGCAGCCGGGAGCGAGAGAAGGAGAAGGAGAGGGAGAGAAAGAGGAGCAGGGAGCACAGGGAGAGUAGCCACAGCCGCAGCAAAGCUAAGAAGGCUUCAAGCAAGGAUAGGGAGAGGAGGAAGGAGAGGAGUCGUAGCCAUGAGAAAGACAAGCGGAAGAAGGAGAAGGAGUCCGAUAGGAAGAAAGAUAAGCCCAAAGCUAAGGAGAAGGAGAGGGAAAAGGGUGCAGAAGAGAAUGGGAAAUCUAAGAAAAGGAAGGAGAGCGAUUCUCAUGCAGAUGACAAACCCUCUCGGCAGGAUAGCAAGGGCAACAAGAAAGGCUCUGCAAAAUCUAGCAAGAGGCACUCGGACUCUGAAUCGAGCAAGUCCCCCACCCCUGAGGUUAGCAAGGAAAAGAAAUCCAAAAAAUCUAAACGUAGUCGUUCAAGGUCAACGGAAAAAUCGCACAAGUCUGGUAAGAAGGCAAGCCGCAAACACAAGUCUAAGUCACGAUCAAGGUCUACGUCCCCCUCGCGCAGGAGCAGGCGCUAAUAAGUGUAUCGCUUGAUCAGUGCGCUUUAAUAUUUGGGUUUUGUUUUAGUUUUUUUAUUCCGUUCGUUGAGCAGGCCUGUCUCAUUAUAGAGGCAACGAUGUAGGUGAACUCUGCUUGCCCCUUCCUCCCCACCCACUCACAUACCAUACCGUUCAGUUCUGUAAAUACAUUGUUUUUAAAAUGCUGACUGCACAAAGAGAAGGACAUUUUGGAUGCUUGGGUAUUUUUGCUUGUAUCAUGAUGCAAAGCUUAAAACUUAAGUGGACUUGAAAUACUCUUACAGCUGUGUUGUUUUAAAACGAUAAGAGGAUUAACCCUUUUCUGAACAUUAAUGUAAUUAAUUGUCCAAUAAAACUGAUUGUCCGUUG